AGUUGGCUGACCACCUUCCCAGAAUAGUAGGUUCCAAACACCCCUAUCUAUCUCUCUUGAAUUCCGCCUGCAUCAUUUCCCCAGUUUGACUCCCGUUGGCGGCUUAUCUGGGUAGAUUGGUAGAAAGGAGGAUUCCCAUAGUUUAGGGUUUGGGGAGAAGUUAAGUAGGUUAUUCACACCAAUUAGCGCAUUCCUCUGAUCUUCGUACCCAAUAUACAGGCCUAGGCAGCGCGAGAGCGAGAGGUUCGGUAAUCACUCGCUCAUCCAUUCGCUCAUUACGGCAGAGUGCUGAGUACUAUGGGUGUCAUUUCGGCAGCGAUCGGCGAUGCGGUGUUGACCUUCAUGUGGGUCUUCUCCGCCUCCACACUCGGUGUCGCUACAUCCGUUGUCGCCUCCGCGCUUGGAGUUGUCCAUCCGUUGGUGUCUCUCUUCAUCACCACCUCCAUGUUAUUCGUCCUCUUGUUCGUUUUCGGUAUUCUAAGCGAUGUCCUCGGCGGCGCCAGCUUUAACCCCACCGGUAUUGCUUCGUUUUACGCUGCUGGCUUCGGUAGUGACUCUCUCAUUUCCGCUGCCGUCCGUUUUCCCGCUCAGGCUGCUGGUGCUGCUGCUGGUGCAAUUGCGAUACUGGAAGUAAUCCCUCCACAUUACAAACAUAUGAUUGGUGGGCCUUCUUUGAAGGUUGAUGUUCACACAGGAGCCAUUGCAGAGGGUGUCUUGACUUUCAUCAUGUCCUUUAUUGUCUUUAUUGUCGUUCUGAGGGGUCCUAAAAAUUCAUUUGUCAAGAAUUGGUUGCUUGCCAUAUCAACCAUUACUCUAGUAAUUGCUGGUUCUAGCUAUACAGGACCUUCUAUGAAUCCUGCUAACGCAUUUGGCUGGGCUUACUUAAACAAUAUGCACAAUACGUGGGAGCAGUUCUAUGUGUACUGGAUUUGCCCCUUCAUUGGAGCAAUAUUAGCAGCUUGGAUUUUUCGUGCUGUGUUUCCACCCCAAGUGAAGCCCAAGAAGCAACCGAAAGCAAAGAAAAACUGAAAAGGAUGGUUCGAAUCGAUGGUAGGAGUUUAGGUCGCGUUUACAUUUAUGAUUGGCUAAAUUCACCCCUUGUAAAUGGAGUGUGUGUUUUAGGUUGCUUAUUGAACUAGAGGCUUCAUCCAAUAAAUAUCUCGUCGUUUGUAUUGUAAUGGCAUGCCUCAUAAAAUUAUUUAUAUGAUGAACUGUCCAAGAGAUUUUGUUUUGCAGA